AGGACUAGGUCCCGAGUGCCAGAAGGAGAUAAAGAACCGAUGCAAGAACGCUUUUUCCGGCCCUAUUUUCUACAAGCACCUGGAGAUAUGGUAGCUCAUGAAGGGCGACUUUGUAGACUGGACUGUAAGAUAUCUGAAGAUAGACUUACUUAUUGUGGUGCGGAAUUCUGUUUACCAGUCUGUCGGUUGCCUCUAGCUGUUUCAUUGUCUGUUAGGUGAGUGGGUUACCAACUCCAGACCUGAUGUGGCUCCUGAAUGGCAAACCUGUGUUACCAGAUGCCACCCACAAGAUGCUGGUCAGAGAGAAUGGAAUUCACUCUUUGCUUAUUGAUCCCCUUACACAAAAGGAUGCAGGAACUUACACGUGCAUUGCAACCAACAGAACAGGACAAAACUCAUUUAGCUUGGAGCUUACUGUUGUAGCAAAGGAAGUCAAAAAAGCCCCAGUAUUCUUGGAGAAGCUUCAGAAUUGUGGGGUCCCUGAAGGGCACCCAGUCAGAUUAGAAGGCAGAGUGAUUGGAAUGCCACCGCCAAUGUUUUACUGGAAGAAGGAUAAUGAAACCAUCCCAGCACACAGAGAAAGGAUGAGCAUGCAUCAAGAUACAACAGGAUAUGUUUGCCUUUUGAUUCAGCCUGCCAAGAAAGCAGAUGCUGGUUGGUAUACUUUGUCUGCUAAAAAUGAAGCUGGUAUUGUGUCGUGCACUGCUAGACUUGACAUAUAUGCACAAUGGCACCAACAGAUCCCACAGCCAAUAAAGUAUCGACCAGGAGGCAACCGGUACGCAAACCUCGCUGGACAAGGACUUGACAUUUUUUCUGCCUUCCCAGCUGUUGAAAGCCCAAUGCUGUUUUCAUCCCUAUCUCAAAAUGUGGUGGAAAGUGAAGAACUUUAAAAACCUAUGGUUCCAAUUAUGCCUGCAGACAUACGAGAACUGUGAAAAAACAGAUGGUACAAGCCAACAUCUCCAGGGUUUACAAGCAACUUGUUUUUAGUGAGUGUACUGCUGCUGGAACUGCUGCAAGUAACAUACUGUAGAAGAUGUUUGCAUAAUAUUUUACUACAGGAUGACUGUGGUAUGGUGUGUAGUGCAGUAAGUUUGGUACUAUGCCUUUUUCUAAGAAUUAUAAAGCAAAGAGACAGUUUUCAGCACUUAAAAGCCUAUACCACAUUUUACUGCUUCAGUUAAAGCUACUGUACCUGUAACAAGCAAUGCUUGGAUUUAUGGUAUUUAACUGGAUACAGCCAAUGAAAGCAAUGGCAUAAUGAUAGUUCUGAAAAAGGUGAACAACAUGACUUUGAAUGUAAAGUGUGUCUGAUACUCACAAAGCACAAGUAAAAGGAAUGAAAAAAGCUGUAACAUCAUUUUUAUGUACUAGUAUACCAAAUGAUACUGAUUUGGUGAUCAAGAUUAGAUAAGUAUUAGCAUUUCAUGUAGAUAAAGCUACCUACAAUGCAUAUUUAUAUUUGUGUGUACAUAUACUCCAUGACUUGUGUACCUAUGAUAUAUUGAACUAUUCAGUAAGAUACCGGGUAUGUGCUUAGGACGCUAACGUAUGAAACUCAGCAUCCUGCAUUGUAUUAAGCACAUUCUGUAGACAUCACAAAUGAAAAACUACUGUAUAUUUCCACACACGUUUCAUAUUUGUUCCUUUUCAGUUCUAGUGAUUUCCUGCUUUUAAAACACACACAAUGAAGAUCUUAUACCUUUACCAUUUUUAAAUACAAUAGUUUUUUUCCAUCUAAGUUUUUGACAUACCCAGAAGAAAAAACAAAAACAAAAAAACCCCACAUCUUCCAUACAGUUCAUUUGCAGACCUGAUGAAAGAGGAAUUGUGGCCUGGUAUAAUUAAAAGGUCUUUCAGGAUCAUUUUAAAAACCUUAGUGUCAGGUAAGGUUAAAAUAGGGAAUGUCUCCUCAGUAACAUGCAAACAAGAUGCUAUUUAAGAAAGGGAGUGAUUGUAUAAAACGCUGAAGUGAGUAUUGUACCCUGAAAAAUAAUAGGCAAAAAGUGCAAUGAGUUAGAGACUCUUUCUUACAGCCUCAUAGUGAACUUAUUAGUUGAACAGUUUCAAGAUAUUUAUUUUUUAUAUUUCAUUAACACCUCCACUCAAGCUUUAGAGCUUUUGGUAUAUGAUGGUUUCCUGCAUAUUUAAAUCCUUGCUGAGCUCUCUUUCUUGGACCUUGUUUUGAAACAGUUCUUUUCUGCUUUACAGAUGUUCAGAGAUUACCACAAAAUUCUAACUAGAUUUAUACAGGAAUAAAAUAUUACAUUCACUGAUAAUGUAAUUUUAGAUUUGAAUUCAAUUGUUUUUCAAUUCCAUGUUUCCUCACAGGUUAAAACAAGAUGGCAAAUUACUAUUAAUUAUAAGUAACUACUGAAUAUAUAAUAUUACCAGUUUAGGAAUGCACGUGAAACAAAUAUAAAAAAAUGGUAAAAGAAUAAGAGCUAAUAGGACACUGGGUCUGGAAAGGGAGUGAGCAGGAGCUAGCCUGUCCCUCCUAGAUCAUCUUCACAUCCAGUCUAUAUUGUUGCUAACUGUUGGCUAUGUAAUGGUUCAGAAUAAGUGAAUUUGUGAUGUUGGUCCACUUUCUAGUUGAGCAGAAACCAUAACCAAAUUAUCAUCACAACACACAUUGUGCUUUGGUUGGCAAUCUCAGCAAAGGCACCAAAGAUUGAAUGGGCCUGGUAAGUGAGCUAUUUUCUCACCAGUAGGGAUAGCUGUUCCACAAACAAGGUCCAGGCAUAUGGGUGAGAAGGUAGAAGUGCCACUCACUGCCAGCUAUAUUUCUUGAUUUCUUUUUUUUUACAACAAAGCCUAACUAACAAAAGUGAAUUCAAGGUUGUGGUGCCCAACUUGAUGGACCUUGGGCCUGUUUUUCAGGAGUGCUGUGCAUUCACAGCUCUUCUGGACUUCAGCACAAGUUGUGAGGGUUCAGCAUUUUUUAAACCAGAUCCAAAGGAUGUCAAGUCACGGAAGAAGGUUCCCAAUAUUAAUGGCUACUUUUGAAGUAUUUGUUUCAGUACAUAGAACCUCAGUCUCUGGUGCCAACAGUCCCCAUGCUGCUUUCAGAAUCUUUUAUGUUUACAUUAUAACCUUCUGAAAAGGAAAAUAAUUGGAUAUUUUUUGCACUUGAACUAAUGCUGUUUAUGGUUUGUUUGUGUUUUGUUUUCCUAAAAAGCACUGGGUCAACUUCUACCCCUAUCUACAACUCUGGAGUCUCCUAUUAUUUCAGGGUAUAAAUGAAAAGCAGAUUUUGAUCCUAGAUGUUCAAUCAAAGCUUUAUAUCAAUUGUUAUAUUGAGAUACAUAUAGACACCAAGCUACUGUGCAGUUCUAGAAAACUUACUUAUCAUUUCCUGAGUAUUUUACAGUUAUUCAGUAAUUAAAUGUGACCCAAAAAACCCCCAAACCUGCACAGGUUUAGAUUGAAUGAAUCCUACUUUAUUAAGUAAUAAGUCCAAGAGCUAUCAUGUUACCUAUAUUCUUUGCAUUGUUGGAAGACAAGAAUAGCAGCACGUUUAUCCUGUAAGUACAUAGCAUGUAAUGAAUACUGAGUUACCAGUGGCAGAAUUAUAUUUGUUAGUAUUACUGAUGGCAGUAAAAUCUCACAGCUUUACAGAUUCUUAGAAUGAGGUGAUCCAACCCCAAGAAGCUAUCUAUGUAAAUUAAACACAAAGAAUACAGACCAAACAUGCAGCCUGUCUCUCUUCACCCUUGCUCCAACUUUUACACCAGUAUAACUUCACUGAAUUUCACUGUAGCCUUUCCUAACUUACAUCAUAAUAAGCAGGAGAAGAAUAGCACCAUGAUAGGCAAAAUGAAGGUCAAGUGACACACUCUUUUAAAGAAUGAGUGUUCUGCACUUUGACAGCAAUGAGGAAGGAGAAGGAGGAGGAAGUGUCAUUGAAAGAUUUUUCCCUGAAGAGAUGUUUAAGAGGGUUAUGAAUGAAGUAUUGACCCUUGGUCAUUCAAAAGAAGUUGUGGUAAUGUCCUACAAUAGGAGACAGGCCAGUGCACAUGGAUUUCUAAGAUUCAGCAGUCAAAUUACAACACUCAUCUUUCACUGUCUUGUUACUAGCUAAGGCUCAGAUUCUAAUCUCUCUCAGCAGCAUACACUAAACAUUGAAAUUAAUGUAGUUACUGUGAAUGUAUAUGGCAUAAAUGAGAUCAGUCUAGUACUAAACUGUCAAGUCUCUGUUAUUUUCACCUCUUGUUAACAGCUACAGAAUAUUUCUGCUCUGCGUAUACUAAGCCCAUAAUAGGAAGCUUGUGUGCAAACAUUUUAAUGCUAAUAACUAAUAUUCUGACUGGGCUUUUGUCACAAUGAAAACUUUGUAGAGAAAGACACAACGCAUUGCAUUUGUGCUGGUAACUGAUUGAAGAACUGAGAAAAACUGGUUCAUGUAAGCAGCUGAGGUCAACAAUUAGUUAGCACUGACCACACAUGAUGUAAUUUGAAGAGUUUAGAUCCCAUGAAGAAUGCCACUGUGUAAAAACACGGUGUCAAGAAGCAUUAGAGAUUCUAUGACUCUGUUUUCUUUGUAAAUGGCUUGCUUGAUGUCAUUUUUUGAUCCAACUGAGCAGUAAGUUAUUUGACUUUGCACUAAAAAUAUAUUCUGCCUUGUUUAGCAAAGGCUACAACAACAAAAAGACCCAUGCCAAAAUUUUCACAUUAGUCAUUAUCUUUUACCUGUCCAUUUAAUAACUACAAUACUAAGUAGAACUUUUCACCAAUGAAAUAUGGGAACCCUAAAACUGUACACUAAAAUAACUGAAUAUUUUAAAAUUUAUCCUGUUUUUAACUUUAUUUAGCUUCCAAUUCCUUCCCAGUCUUGUAGCUUCACAUACGUUCAAACUAACACACAGGCUAUUUCAGAGAGAAAUGCAAGUGGCAACAUUUUUCUUCAAAAUUCUGGAAAGCUGAAGUGUUGCACCUUUGCUUCAAAGACAUUAAACAUGCAGACCCAAUCCUCAGCAGCCUGCAGGCAAAAUGUGCAAUGACUGCAAAAGAACUUUUACUACAGGACAACAGGAUUCAGCUCUCUUGCUUUGAAAGCAAAUAAAAAGUAUACCUUUUGAAUGUCUGAUGUAUGUAACUGUAGAGGGCAAAAUAUAGUACACGCUUGGAAAAAUAAGCCAGUAUAUGCAGGCUUUCGCUGAGUACUAUUUAAACAGUUGCUAGUUCUAACUGUGUAUAGUGACAAAAGCACUGCCAAAAAACCCACAAAAUCCACAUAACUCCUUAAGAACCUGCUAUUAAUACUAGAAGGAUUAAAACAUUAGUCUCCAGAAAGUGAUUUCUUUUAUCUACUAAAACUGUACCUAAGCAAACAUGUGAAGCAAAGCCUAAUAAAACAUUUAAUUGUUAAAUACUGGACAAGUCAUUCAGUGUCACCUUACUAUUUUAAAUAUAAAAAUAUUAACUUCGAGCCUUAACACUGUAUUUUUUCUUGAUUAAAUUGGAGUCUCUAUUUUUGUUCCAAAGUCAUCCUUAAUGGGAGAAAAGGGGUUAAUGAAAGUUCUAAUAUAUAUUUUAAGUGCAUAUGGAAGAUAUAAACACCUGACUGUUUAAUAAUGUAUGCCCCUCACCUCACCAAAACUUAAAUAAAUGCUUUGGAGUUGAAUACCAGAGUGUCUGGCAUGUCUGCAGAGAUUUAUUUGCAACUGGGCUCCUCAGGACUUGUCUUAUAGAACAGUUGAUGAAGUCAAUUGAAGGUCCACAGAGAGAGCUCCUAAAGAAUCAGGCCCUAAAUAACUUAGAGGAAAAUUUGACCAUGUUACUUGUCAAGUAUAUAUUAACUGUGUUUCCAGUAAGCAACAGUUAUAAAAUAUAGAAGCAAUCUUUAAAAAAAAUGGAUAUAGCUAUUUCAACUGAAGUGAAUAUGCUAAAUAUGCUUGUGUUUUACUUUGUGCUCUUGCUCUUUUAGCGAAAUUCUCUUCCGCUCCACCAGGUUUUGAAUGACGAGGUGUAGACAGGGGAACCAGUGCAGGAUUAGAGAGGAUAGAACUAUCCUUCUCACUGGCUCAGUUCUGUAAGGUGCUAAGCAUUCUGGUCCCACUCAAGGCAAGCAGUUAAGUAUAUAUCUAAUUUUAAGUAAGGGUAGUCCCAGGAGAAGUCUGUGGGACAACCUGCAUGCUUAAAAUUAACAAACUUGGCUAGAUCCUCAGAAUGUUCCGCAUUUACAAGAUGAAGUUACAAGCUAAAGUCACGGAUCCAGCCUGUAACCACUACAGCAACCUAUGGAUUGCAGUAGCCACUGAUAUCCACUUUGCUCAGAAGGUUUGAGUCAGGUGAGCCAUGCAGAUGGUAGAUCUGCUAGCCUUGUUAAUCAUUCAGCCUAUAUUUAGCUCCCCUGAGAAUGCCUAGCAAGUGGGCCACUGUAAAGUUUGGGAAAAUGUUAUGUAGCGGCUUCCAAAAUGUCUUUGUACAGUUUUUGUGAAGAAGGGCAUUUUGGACAUGCCAAGUCCUGGUUGUGUUUGGGGCAGUGAGCAUGGGCAAGUGGAAUGAAAGCUAGUCAAACAUGCAAUUCACAUACUGAGGGUUUCAGACCAUUUUGCUCUUCCUCCGCAUGUGAGUUUUUACUGUGAAUGAUUCAGCACACUUCUGUGAAGGGGUCCAGUAUCAGACUUUGCAAUUAAUUUAAAAUGAGCCAUGUGUAUAAAUAAGGACAAGGAUGUACCCCACUUUAUGCAACAGUCCUGAUUUUGCUUUCUUAUAUACCCAUAUUUCUCAGUCACUGCAUAGUUUGACUUCAGUUGGUUUCUGUGACUGUUAGUUAAGAAGCUGUAUUCUCAGAUAUAGUUCCAUAAGCAAAAUGGCUCUCAUAUGUUUCAUAACAUCUGCUGGAAGUACUAGACAGCUGCAGAAAAUCCUGUGAGAUUAACACUCUGGGACCCUGAAUUCAUUAUAGCUAGGUAGAGUUACUUAUUGUAUAACAUACAAAUCCUGACCAUAUUAUGCUAUUAAUUCUUAAGCUGAGUUCUCCAAUGAAGUCAAUGGGGAGUUCUGACCAAAAAAUUAUGGCAUGAUAUUACCCCUUAUUAUGCAGAUGACAUACGGUUUUCUAAAGGUCAGCAGGUAAAAAACUGAAAAAACUGAAGUCAUCAAUCUGAAAUGCUGGAAACCUGACUAUGUACUUACUGCAUUGUGUGAUCUUUCCCUCUGCUCUCUAAAAUUAGGAAUGUGGGUACUUAGAGAAAUUUCUGUCUAGCCUGGUACACCUUUUUACAUAGUUUCCUAUACAAUGUAACCCUAAUUACAAAUUAGAAGAAAUAUUAGUGUACACAGUAUUAUGAUUUAAAAGUUACCAUUUGGAAGACAUUUAAUAUGUAAUGAAAUAUGAUACAUGCAUUUUGCUUUGCAUUUUUAAGCAAUGUUUUCUUAGCAUUUUAUUAAACUUUGCUUUAUAGCAGUAUUUGAGAGCAUUUUUUAAAACUAGCUGAAACCAAAGUGUUUGUAAAGAUUGAGUUAUGUAGGGGAAUUGAUGGACUGUUUCUUCAAUGAAUAAAUGUAUAUUCUGAA